AUGCCUGCAGAUGCGCCACAGCGCAGGAAGUUCCUCGCACACGAGGACCUGACGGAGGUCGUGGCCUCUGGGCAAGAGGCAAAGAACAACUCAGGAGGCAGCACGGUGCAGCGCUCCAAGUCCUUCAGCCUGAAGGCGCAAGUGAAGGAGAUGUGCACUGCCUGCCAGAAAACCGUCUAUCCCAUGGAGCGGCUGGUGGCGGAUAAAUUUGUCUUCCACAACGCCUGCUUCUGCUGCAAGCACUGCCACACCAAGCUCAGCCUCGGCAGCUAUGCGGCGCUCCACGGGGAAUUCUACUGCAAGCCCCACUUCCAGCAGCUCUUCAAGAGUAAAGGCAACUACGACGAGGGCUUCGGGCGCAAGCAGCACAAGGAGCUGUGGGUGCACAAGGAAGUGGAGAGCGGGACCAAGUCGGCGUGAGCGGGGCUAGCCUACCCUUCCCUGGAGCCCAGCAGAGACGGCACGGAGCAGUGCUGAGCCGGGGGCUAACUGAGCUGAUGUAAAGCAAAGGGGACCCGAGAGCCUGUGGGCGGUAAGGGAAGGGAGGCAGCCCAGCCCUCUUUGGAGGAUGCUUAAAGGGGUCCUACAGGCCAUAAGGACAGGGCAGAGGUGACCAGGGUAGAGCCCCCAGACCUGAAACUCUCUCUGCAGGCCCCUCUUCCUGAUGAAAUCAGACCAGAAGCACUUGCCCCCAUGGGAACCCUAGCCCUGUUCAUACAUUUCAGGCCUGUCACUGGAAAGGGAGAUGAUCUGGGGGCUUUACCCAGCCUAUAAAUCACAGCAGAGCUCCCAGCUCCUGCCACACCAAUCCUGCCUUGCUGGGGCUCCGAAUAAGGAGGGUCCUUGGUUUACAUCAGCUCAGUUCAGCUGGGAUUGUUCAGCCUUAAGGAUGUUGCCCUGUGACUGUUUAACAGUGUCUGUCUUUUUUAUAUUUGCCUUUGAUUGGUACGUUCUGCGCUGGAGCCUGGCACGGCAGCUUCACGCGUGACACUGCGCCAUGCGCUCUUUUAUUUUUGUAAUACAAGGUUUCCGAGCCUUCCCUGUCUUGUCCUGUGUUCCCAGGGGCCCGGGGAGGUGGGAGCAGCAGUCAGGUCUGCCUCUUACUGCCCAGUUACUGUGGAAAGAGCCUCUGCCCAUGCAGGAUCAAGAAAGUAUUCCUGGAUACGUGUGUGUAACGUUAUGACUAAGGCAGACUGGUCCUUUGGGGAUGGAACCCCGGAUUUCAAAUUGCACGCCAGCAUUACUACCCUGUGAGCUACACACCCCAGCUGUAACCGCAUGCCAGCUUCCACAUGGAGCCCAGACCACCCUCAAAGGGAAUUCACCAUCCUGUGAAUCAGAUCCACCCCUUUGCCUUGCAUACAUUUUGUGGCUUACUGGCUUCCCCCUCUGUAUCAAUAAACAUUGCCCUGCCUCCGCA